AUGGUCGACAGUGAAGCGAGCUCACCAACCUGGAAGUUUACCCAAUGCUUCGGCGACAAGGGCGAUGUUGAGGAUAUCACCGAAGCCGACAUCAUCUCAACGGUAGAAUUUGACCACACAGGCAACUAUCUUGCGACCGGUGACAAGGGAGGGCGAGUCGUUCUAUUUGAACGCAACGAGACGAAAAAAUCUUGUGAAUACAAAUUUCACACCGAGUUUCAAUCCCACGAGCCUGAGUUUGACUACCUCAAGUCUCUCGAGAUCGAGGAAAAGAUCAACAAGAUCAAGUGGUGCCGCCGACAGAAUGCUUCCCAUUACCUCCUAUCAACCAAUGACAAGACGAUCAAGCUGUGGAAGGUUUUUGAAAAGUCUCUGAAGGUGGUGGCAGAGAACAAUCUUUCCCACGAUCAGUUCAGAAAUGCGGCCGACCUCAAAUUGCCUCGCCUCACACACCACGAUACUGUUGUCGCCGCCGUCCCCCGACGAACCUAUGCAAACGCCCACGCGUACCACAUCAACAGCAUAUCCGUGAACAGUGAUGGCGAAACGUUCAUUAGCAGUGACGAUUUGCGAAUCAACCUCUGGAACCUCAAUAUUCAAGAUCAGAGCUUCAACAUUGUUGACAUCAAACCAGCCAACAUGGAGGAGCUGACUGAGGUGAUCACUGCCGCCGAGUUCCACCCAAUCAGCUGCAACUGGUUCAUGUAUGCCAGCUCAAAGGGAACUAUUAAACUUGCUGAUAUGCGAGAGAGCGCCUUGUGCGACCAACACGCAAAAUUAUUCGAACAAGAGGAAGAUCCUUCAUCUAGAUCGUUCUUUUCUGAAAUCAUCUCGUCAAUAUCAGAUGUGCGAUUCUCCUACGACGGAAGAUAUGUCUUAUCUCGAGAUUAUCUCACCGUCAAGAUCUGGGACAUCAAUAUGGAGCGGCAACCCGUCAAGACGAUACCCAUCCACGAGCAUCUACGACCUCGAUUAUGCGAUACGUACGAAAACGACAGCAUUUUCGACAAGUUUGAGGUCGUCUUUUCCGGCGAUGCCAAGAAUGUCAUGACUGGAAGUUACAACAACAACUUCAUGAUCUAUCCUUCCGAUCCCGACAAGGAGGUGGAGGUGGUUCUCCAAGCGGACAAGUCAGCUUUCAAGGCAAAGAAGAAGGGAGGAUCAAGAGCGGGCAGCCCAGCUGGUGGUGCCCAGGGUCAGAGAAUGCGGAAAGAGACGGACGCGGACCAGAUUGACUUCAACAAGAAGAUACUACACAUGAGCUGGCAUCCAUUCGAGGAUAGUAUUGCCAUAGCCGCAACCAACAAUCUCUUUGUAUUUUCAGCACUGUAG